GCAGAGGCAAACAGCUCUACAACUGGGCUCUAAUCCCGCCCCCUUUGACCUGCAUGAAACUGGAAAGCAUCUGGGCAACUGCUGGCCAUUCUGUUUAAACGGCCCAACCUGGUCACAGGGCGUGGCCCGGCCAUGCCAGGCGCAGGGCUGUCUGGCCAGCAUGUCACUCUGGGGGGUGCGCCUGGUCGGCCUGCUGCUCUCCCUCUCCUGCUGUUGGGCUUUCAGCUGCCGCAACACCCUGUCCUCCCCUGACUUCAGCCUCCCUGGGGAUUACCUGCUUGCAGGCAUGUUCCCUCUCCACAGUGCCCCUCCAGAGGUGAGAGGAAGACCCACGGUGACCUUCUGUGACAGGUCCAACAGCUUCAAUGGCCAUGGCUACCACCUCUUCCAGGCCAUGCGGUUCAGCAUCGAGGAGAUAAACAACUCCACAGUCCUGCUACCCAAUGUCACCCUGGGGUACGAGCUGUAUGAUGUGUGCUCAGACUCAGCGAACAUGUAUGCCACGCUAAGCAUACUGAGCAUACUGGGGAGGCGCUAUGUGGAGAUCCAGGGAGACCCUGCUGACUUUUCCCCUGCGAUAGUGGCGGUGAUUGGGCCUGACAUCACCAAGCACGCUCUUACCACUGCAGCCCUGCUGAGCCCCUUCCUGGUGCCCCUGGUCAGCUACGGAGCCAGCAGCAUGGUGCUCAACGCGAGGCGGCUCUACCCCUCUUUUCUGCGCACCAUCUCCAGUGAUAAACACCAGGUGGACAUCUUGGUGCUGCUGCUGCAGAAGUUCGGGUGGGUCUGGAUCUCCAUUGUGGGUGGUGAAGGUGACUAUGGGGAGGUAGGGAUACAGGAGCUGGAGUACCAGGUCACCCGGCAGGGCAUCUGUAUUGCCUUCAGGGACAUUGUGCCUUUUUCUGCCCGACCGGGUGACGAGCGGAUGCAGAGCAUGAUACGCUGCCUGGUCCAAGCCGGGACCACCGUCGUAGUAGUUUACUCUGGCAAACAGCUGGCCAGGGUGUUCUUUGAAUCCGUGGUGCUGGCCCAACUGACUGCCAAGGUGUGGAUCGCAACAGAAGACUGGGCCAUCUCUACUCACAUCAGCAGUGUGCCUGGGAUCCAGGGCAUCGGCACAGUGCUGGGCGUGGCCAUCCCGCACAGGCAGGUCCCUGGCCUGAAGGAGUUUGAAGAGGCUUAUGUACAGGCCGACAAAGGAGUUCUCAGGCCUUGCCCCCAGGGCUCCUGGUGCACCAGCAACCAGCUGUGCACAGAAUGCUGGGCUUUCACGGCACAGGCGAUGCCCACACUAGCAGAGUUCUCCAUGAGCUCUGCCUACAAUGCGUAUCAGGCUGUCUACGCUGUGGCCCAUGGCCUCCACCAGGUCCUGGGCUGCUCCUCUGGAGCCUGUUCGAGGGGCUGGGUCUAUCCCUGGCAGCUUCUGGAGCAGAUCCGCAAGGUGAAGUUCCUUUUACACAAAAACGCGGUGACAUUUAAUGACGAUGGCAAUACCCUCAGCAACUAUGACAUAAUCGCCUGGGACUGGAGCGGCCCCAACUGGACCUUCAGGGUCAUCGGCUUCUCCUCUCCAUUUUCAGUGUCGCUGGACAUAAAUACGACCAAAAUCCGGUGGCAUGGAAACAACAACCAGGUGCCUACGUCUGUGUGUUCCAGGGACUGUCCUGAAGGCCACCAGAGAGUGAUCAUAGGUUUCCACCAUUGCUGCUUUGAGUGUGUGCCCUGUGAGGCGGGAACCUUCCUCAAUAAGAGUGAACCCUAUAGAUGCCGGCCUUGUGGGAAAGAAGAGUGGGCACCUGAGAGAAGCCAGACUUGCUUCCCACGCACUGUGGUGUUUUUGACGUGGCAUGAGCCAGUCUCUUUGGUACUGCUGGCAGCUAAUACGCUGCUGCUGCUGGUGGUGGCUGGGACUGCUGGCCUGUUUGCCUGGCACCUAGACACCCCCGUGGUGAGGUCAGCUGGGGGCCAACUGUGCUUCCUCAUGCUGGGCUCCCUGGCAGGGGGGACUUGGGGCCUCUAUGGCUUCUUUGGGGAGCCCACACUGCCCACGUGCUUACUGCGCCAAGGCCUCUUUUCCCUCGGUUUUGCCAUCUUCCUAUCCUGCCUGACGGUCCGCUCCUUCCAACUUGUCUUCAUCUUUAAGUUUUCUGCCAGGUUACCCACCUUCUUCCGUGCAUGGGUCCAAAACAAUGGUGCUAGCCUGUUUGUGAUGAUCAGCUCAACAAUCCAGCUGCUUAUCUGCCUAAUUUGGCUUGCAGUGUGGACCCCGCUGCCAACCAGGGAAUACAAGCACUUCCCUCAACUAGUGGUGCUUGGCUGCACACAGGCUAACUCACUGGGCUUCAUGCUGGCUGUUACCUACAAUGGCCUCCUCUCGGUCAGCGCCUUUGCCUGCAGCUACCUAGGCAAGGACCUGCCAGAGAACUACAAUGAGGCCAAAUGUGUCACCUUCAGCCUGCUCCUCAACUUCGUGUCCUGGAUCGCCUUCUUCACCAUGGCCACUGUCUAUCAGGGCAAGUAUCUGCCCGCGGUCAACGCGCUGGCGAUGCUGAGCAGCUUGAGUGGCGGCUUCAGUGGUUAUUUCCUCCCCAAGUGCUACGUGAUUCUGUGCCGCCCAGACCUCAACAGCACCGAGCACUUCCAGGCCUCCAUCCAGGACUACACCAGGCGCUGUGGUUCCACCUGACCACUGGAUCGGGCAUGGUCAAGCCUGG